AUCCUAUGGAUCAGGCUCUCAGCCCUCUUCCUCUUCCCCCUUUGAAUCUUCUUCUCCCCCUGUCACUCCUUUCAUUCGCCGUCCCUCUCACCAGUCUAGCUCUCAAGCCCGGGAAAUAGUUGCCCAGGAGCCUGUCCCUCUGAACCAAAUGCCCGGUCGCUUCAAUCCCAAGGUCCUCAGCUGGAACCAGUGGGAAGAGCGAUUGGGAUCGCUGGGUUACCUUGCCCUUGACUCCGGACCGGUCUUCAAGGAGUCCUCUAGGGCAACCAAAAAGGUCCUGGCUGAAGUCCGUUCCGUCCUCCCACCAGGCUAUAAACUCCUCUCUAACACCACUUGGCCCAACAUCAUAGAACCCCACCAGGGAAACCGGUUGGGUUUUGCUUCGCUAAAGGGGGGCAUUAUCUUUCCCCUUCGCCCCCUCCUUAUAGAAAUCUGUAAUAAGUUCAAUCUUUUGCCCGGCCAGCUUACUCCAAAUGCUCACCGGUUUUUGAAUUGUUUUGUAAAUAUUUGUGAAUCUCUGAACAUCAAACCUUCCCUUGAUCUCUUCCUUCAUAUGUAUGAUGUCUUGCCCGGGACUAGUAACUGCCCGGGCUUUGUUUACUUCCAUUCUCGUGCCAACUCUAGGGGUUUUUUAACCGGUCUCCCCCCUAGCCACAAAAAAUGGAAACAAAGAUUUGUUUUCAUUGAAUUCCCCUCUGACCAAUUCCCACUCUCUAACCGUGAGUGGGCUGACCGGGUUAUAAAACCUGAAAGGGUUCAACCGGAGCCCACUAAAGAGCUAGAGGACGCCUGUGAGAAACUUCUCAAGGGUGAUCCUGUGACCGGUAAGCCAUACGCUUAUGGGGGCUGGGUAUACCGGUUACAAAAUCCGGAUGGGGGUGUAUCUGCGACCCAUGACGCAGAAGUUGACCAGGCCAACUCCCCGGAUGGUCAUGCUGAGGCCAGUUCUCCUCAUCCAGACAUGAACUUCAACAGGAUGACCACCAUCAUCGAAGAUGACGACAAUGAUGUUCAAGUUCUCCAUUUCAACCGGUCUCCUAUUUCCAAGCCUCCUUCUCCUCCUCACAUCCCUGAAAUGGACGAGGCCACAAGUGCCCGGUGUAGCCCUAUCUAUGAACAGAGCCAGAAGCUGAAAUCUCCUCCAGCCACCCAUCUCUUUGAAAGUGACCGGGUCCCUUCUCCUAAGAAGGAUGUCAAGGCCAAAGGAAAAGGGACCGGUCACUCUUCCUCUCAUAAAAGGAAGGGUUCCCACAAGACUUCCAGGGGGGAAAGGAGGAAGAAGGUCAGGCUAUCAGAUCUGGAGGGGGAGUCCAUUGAAGUAACAUUUCUGUCCUUGGCCAAGAAACUUAGCAAGGCCGGGGUCAUUUCAGAAGAGAUUGGCCAAACACUUUUGGAGCCAAAAGACCAGGUCUCCCAACUCACCCUCCUUGAUUCUGCCAAGCUGGAGAUUAAUGACCGGGCAGAAAGGGAGAGGAGGCUGGAGGAAGAGCUAAAGGAAGAAAGGGCUAGGCUAGUUGAGGAAAGGGCAAAGCUGGCGGAGGAGAAGAGAAAGGUGGCUGAGCUGGAGGAAGCUUUGGGGCAGGCUGAAGAAUCCGCCCGGGCAAAGGAACAAUCCUUUCCUGAUGAUGCUGCCAGCUGGGCCGCCUGCCAUCAUGAGGAAGUAGCCAGGUCUAUUCUCACCCAACCGGAGGAAACCAUGGACUUCUUCAAAGUCAUGUACAAGGAGCCGGAAGGAAAGAGGAUGAUCAAAGACAUUGGCUCUUAUGGGUUCCAGUGCGGUCAAAAGGAAGAGAGAUCUCUUCUAUAUGCCAGACUCCAGAAGAGGGACCCCUCCUUUGACCCGGCCAAAAUGAAGCUCCCGGCCUUGUAUAAGGAAGAGCCUGCUCCCCCCUUUCUCCUAGAAUAGGUUAGGGUCUGUUGUUUUUGUUCUUUCAAAAAACUUUGAAUUUCCCAAGGCCUGGGGGAUGUCCAGCCUAAUAUUUGACUUUAUGUAAUAUUAACUUCUCUUGGUAUGCUUUGAACUUUUACCGGUCACUUUUGCUUCCAAUUGCAUGGUUGAAUUCUCUUGUAUGAUUGUUAUUCUUGCUUGGUCCUUACUUGAAAUUGCACGGUCAGACUUGUCCUUUCUUUACCAUGCUGGGUUGAACUCCCAAGUCAAUAAUAGUACCCGGCCAUAAACCUUAGGAAUCUUUUAAAGAAAUGUCCAGGUCAUUU